AUGGCCAGCCCGCCGAGCGCGCGCGCCCCGCCGAAUGCAACCGCGGCGCCCGCGCCCGCGCCCGCGCCCGCGCCGCCGGGCGCCGACGCCGCGGCGGAGCAGCGCGCUGCGCAGCUAGCGGCGGAGCGCGAGCGUGCGCAGGCGGAGAUGUCCCAGGCGUUCCAUGAGACGAUGCGCGCGACGCGCCCCAAGGGCAUAAAGCAGGGCCUCAGCACCGGCGCGGCCGCCUUUGCCAGUGGCAUCGCGGCGGGCAUCGCGGGGCUGGUGGUGGCGCCGGUGGCGGGCGCGCGGCAGGAGGGCGCGGCCGGGUUUGCCAAGGGCCUGGCGACAG